AUGCUGCGUGCAGCUCUUCUGACGAUCUUACUAGUCGCCUUCGAGGGCCAUGGUGUCAUGGCUAGGUCUAAACCUGGGCCAACAGUCAUCAUCGUUGGCGCCGGCAUGUCCGGUGAGUUUUCCCAUCACCAAAUGUAUCAUACGAUUUCACGCUCCCUCUGUUCGUAAGCAGAUUAGAGCAAAUCAAGGAAACUUACCACCUGCGCAGGUAUAUCGGCCGCCAAAACGCUUUCGGAAGCCGGGAUUAAGAAUCUGCUGAUCCUCGAGGCCACUGGCCGCAUCGGCGGCCGAAUACACAAGACUGAGUUCGCCGGCGUCAACGUCGAGACCGGCGCAAGCUGGGUCGAGGGGGUUAAUGGUCAGGAGCUAAACCCUAUCUGGAACUUAGCGAGGAAGCUCAAGCUCAGAACCUUCUUCUCCGACUUCGAGAACAUCUCCGCUAACGUCUAUCAACAAGUGUAGGUAACCCAAGAUCUUUCUCUUCCUCCUUAUGGAUCCUCGUUUACUGACCGACCAUUCUCACACUUGUUUCUUCUGCAGGAAUGGGCUGUACGAUGCCACCGUUGUUCAGGCGGCCCUGGACAGGGCGGUGAACGUCUCCAAGGCCGCAGCAGUGUUCUCCGAGGCAUUACCACCAAGCGGACUGGAGGACAUCUCUGUUUUAACUUUUCAACGUCUCCAGAAACAGUGAGGAUCUAGAACAUCUCUACCUAGAUUAUGAUUUAUCGAUCUCACAUUAUUAUUUUGCUUCAUCAUCUUUUUCUCCUCGUUUUUCAUUUCCUCAUUCUCUGAGGCAAAUCCAGUGUUCCGUCAACGGCCUUAGAUAUGGUGAUUGAUUACUCCAAUCAUGACGGCGAGUUUGGGGAACCACCACGAGUGACAAGCCUCCAGAACACGGAGCCCAUUCCAACGUUUACCAAUUUCGGCGAAGACUUGUAUCAAGUGGCGGACCCGAGGGGCUAUGAAAGCGUGGUUCACGAACUCGCGCACCAGUUCCUAGGUUUUGACGCCAAGGGCACCAUCACCGAUCCACGCAUCAAGCUUAACAAGGUGAGUCUACUUCCACCUCUCUCUCUCUCUCUCUCUCUCUCGCUCGCUCGCAAACCAGCAAUGAGUAAUGAAAGUUUGACCAGGUAAAAGCGUCACUCCACUGGUCGUUUCUUAUCUGUGAAAUGAAACGGCAUUGGUGAAUCGACCGUUGACUGUGUAAGGUUUGAAACAAGGCCGGAUCUUCAUAUUCAACGUUCAAUCGCGUAAAUAUCACGUAAUCUCUAAAGCUAUUUUUUAUUUCGUGAUUACUUCUCUCUCUCUCACACUCUCACUCUCACUCAUUUUAUUUAUUCUAUAAAAUUGUACGUUGGUCAUCUUGGCAAUCUGAGUCACCUCGCGCUCUCUCCUUUUUCUCUCUCUCUUCCCUCACAAUGUUUAUAUAAAAUAGUAGGUUCGUCGUUUUUGUCAAUCGCCCUCCCGCUUUCAUUAAAUUGUGGAUCGUUAUGGUUCACCUUCCUCUGAACAUUGCUUGGACCAUGUCCCCCGUGAAUUUCUAACCUACUUUCUUGGCUUAAACCCAAUAUGUCACAUCAUCUCUCUCUCUCUCUCUCUCUCCCGGGCGCGCGGGCUCUACAACACAAUCUGUCCUCUUUUCCUCACUUUCUCUCGACUGAUUUUCUCUAUGUGACAAGAAGUUGGGCAAGAAAAACAACAUAUUCUGUAAUAAUGUCUGGACCACUGAGUUUUUGAUAUUGAGGAUGUGAUGAUUCUUUAAAACUAUGCAUUGCUUUCAGUAAUUUACUAGUGCUCGCAAGAAAACAUAUGAAAAGAAGAUGUCAGAAGUUGCUGUAAGCUAGUAAUGAUCAGAGCCCAUGCGGCACUCGUAUGAUGUUACCGACGCUUUUUUCCCAUGAGAUUAACACAGUCUUGCUUUCAAACUGUGGCUUUCGAAUAGACGAUGGCUAGGAUUUCCUUUCUAGGCCCUGAUCACUUGACAACUUCCUUUCUGGCCCAAUGAUCAGCAACAAAUGUGUGCCAUGAAUCUCACAACCUGAAUUGAUCGUUCAAAUUAGUGUCGUUAACUCAUAAUUAUUCAUGAAAGUAUGCCAUUCAAAGAGAAAUUCCUGUAAAAAUUGAAAUCGUAAAAUGCCCUGGGAAGCUGAGGGUAUGCAAUUCUCGCUCCAUUGCUGCAGGUGGUGAACCGGAUAGAAUACUCACGAAGCGGCGUGAUUGUCGAAACCGAGGAUGGCUCCACGUACAAAUCUGACUAUGUGAUGGUUUCCACAAGCAUAGGGGUCCUUCAGACCAGUCUCAUAAAAUUUGAACCUGAUUUACCUGUAAGUAAUAUAUACCCUCCUCCACGAUAUAUACUUGUAUUGUGCAUCUGUGAUGUAAAUCUUUAACCUAGUCUGGAAAGCUCAUCUCUCCUGCGGGUGAAUAAUCUGUGCUAGACCUGGAAGAUCUUAGCCAUUUAUCAGUUCAGCAUGGCUGUAUACACCAGGAUCUUCCUCAAGUUUCCUUACAAGUUCUGGCCCUCUGGAAAUGGAACGGAGUACUUCCUCUACGCAAGCGACAGAAGGGGUUACUAUCCCAUCUGGCAGGUGCUAACUUCACUUCUUAUGCGUCUCUACGCCGUUGUAUCAAAAAAUAAAUUUUUUAUUAUUAAGUAUUCUCCUAGACUUUGAGUGGGAUAGCAUCAUCUUUAAGCUUCCUCCUUCUGUGCCUCUGUGUAGUUUAUGUCAUAUAUCAGACCGGGAAUACUGAUUAGACAUUAUAUGUGCAGCAUGUGGAAUAUGAGUACCCGGGAUCCAACAUCCUAAUCGUGACAGUCAGUGAUGAGGAGUCGAGAAGGAUCGAGCAGCAGCCAGACUCAACGACAAAGGAUGAAACCAUGGAGGUGCUGAGGAACAUGUUCGGCGAGAACAUACCAGAGCCCACGGACAUACUCGUCCCGAGGUGGUGGUCUAACCGGUUCUAUAGGGGCACCUACUCGAAUUGGCCGAUUGGCGUUAGCCGAUACGAAUUCGAUCAGAUCAGGGUACAUAACAACAUGCCCUUAGCUCAUUUCUUCAAAAUUUAUGCAAAUAGAUGGGUAUAUACCUUGAUUCUAUGGACGAAUUAUCAUAGCAAAUAUGAAUGCGCUGCACCGUGUCUUGCCAAGGAUCCAGAACUGCUCGAUCUCUCAUGCCUUUUAUAAGGACUGAACCCCCCCCCCCUCCUGACCCUAGAAUGAGAUAGAUAGAUCGAUACAUACAUACAUACAUAUAUAUAUAUAUAUAUAUUGAGAGAAAGAGAGCCAGAGGAUGUUGGCAUCUAAUGAGGAGUCGAGAGCCCUUGGCACAUACACCCAAGCUGAUUUUUUUGGUUUGUUGUUCCGCUCUGCCUUUUCUGAUGAGACAGGCACCCGUGGGGAGGGUUUAUUUCACCGGGGAGCACACGAGCCAACCUUACAGCGGAUACGUCCACGGCGCCUACCUCGCAGGUAACCGCAUAAUCAAACACGGUGUAUCCCUCCUCCUUUCUGAUUCUAACAGCGACCCGCUCCUUCGAUCAGGCAUCGAUUCUGCGUUGAUGAUGGUCGGCUGCAUCAAGUACGGAUCUUGUGACGUCCAAAUAGAACCCAAGGCAUGA